CCGCAUACUAGUAUCACCGCAUGUUACUAGUAUAGUGAACAUUACCAUAUGAAAAGAACAGGCACCUAGCCGCCUUCCCAGUAUUCGUGUGUAACAGACAGGUUUAUAGCGAGUCCACGCACGGCCUGUGUACUGUCCAGCCAUGGCGGAGUCCGUCAGUGUGAGAAUGCUGGAUCCCGCCAAGCCUUCCGACGAGCAGGGAGACCCCACAGAGCCAGAGGAAACUGUGGACUUCUUGGUGCCGGAGUCCACUCAGAAUGGAAGUUUACAAAAACAGCAACCAAAACGCAUCUUGAAAAAGAUGUCCAAGAAAUACGUGGCCGUCGGUGUUGCAGUUGCGCUGGUGGUGGCGAUAGCGAUGGCUAUCGGACUGGGCGUCGGGCUCUCGAGGAGGCCUUCCCGCCAGGAGAAGACCGUGGGGGACUCCUGCGUACCGGACAGUCCCGCGGUCGGCAGCGGGGGCCCGUACAGUCGGGCUGCCGUCGCCGCGGAUGCAGGGAGGUGCUCGGAGAUCGGCAGUGACAUCCUUGAGAAGGGCGGUUCAGCCGUGGACUCCGCCAUCGCCAGUCUGCUGUGCGUGGGCAUCAUGAACGCGCACAGCAUGGGGAUCGGAGGGGGGUUCUUCAUGACCGUGUAUAACAAGGAAACCAACACGGCAGAUAUCAUCAACGCCAGGGAGACAGCCCCCGCGGGAGCCUCCGAAAACAUGUACGCAUCAGCUUCAUCUACAACAGGCGGACUAGCUGUGGCCGUACCAGGUGAGAUUCGAGGCUACUGGGAAGCUCACCAGAGGUACGGGAAGCUGCCGUGGAGAGACCUGUUCCAACCGGCUAUACAGCUGGCGGAGGAGGGCUUCUGUAUCGGCAAGGCGAUGGCUAUUGCUAUAGACAGAACCAAAGAUGGCAUAGAGAGCCCAGACAGCCAUAUGUGUGACGUUUUCUGUGACGAGAACAACAACGUCCUGGGCGAAAACCAGAUCAUGAAGUGGCCAAAGCUUGCAGAAACGCUCCGUGCGGUUGCUGAUGGAGGUGCAGACGCCUUCUACACCGGUGACAUAGCCAGGAAUCUGGCUAAGGACAUACAAGACGCAAAUGGAAUCAUCACUGAGCAGGACCUCCGGGACUACGAAGCGGAAAUGACGUCACCUCUCAACAUCACUCUCGACGGAGGCAUGACGGUCCUGUCUCCUCCUCCUCCUUCUAGCGGAGCCGUCUUGAGCCUCAUCCUAAACAUCUUGGACGGUUACCGGUUGAACGCCUCCAGUGUAGACGGUACAGAUAACCAGAUCCUGACGUACCACAGGAUUGUGGAGGCCUUCAAGUUCGCCUACGCCAAGAGAACCGAGCUGGGGGAUCCCAACUUCAUAGAAAUCGAUGAGCUCGUUAGAAACAUGACGUCAGGUGACUUUGCCGACUCCCUGCGGCUGCGGAUAGACGACGCGAUGACGCACAACUACACGUACUACGGCCCGUCCUUCGCGCUCACACCUGACGGCGGCACGGCGCACCUGUCCGUGCUGGGGCCCAACGGAGACGCCGUGUCUGUUACCAGCACUAUUAACCUGUAUUUUGGCGCCAAGUUACUUUCCCCGUCGACUGGCGUCCUCUUGAACGACGAGAUGGACGACUUCUCCUCACCCAACCAGACCAACUUUUUCGGGAUCCCGGCAUCGCCAGCAAACUUCAUCCGGCCCGGGAAGCGCCCCCUAUCGUCCAUGUCGCCCGCCAUCGUGCUGGACUCCAACAAUGACGUCAGACUGGUGGUCGGGGCUGCGGGAGGAACAAAGAUCACCACGGCAACGGCUUACGCGGCUAUUCAAAACCUGUGGCUGGGGCUCGACAUUAAGGACGCUGUAGAGAAGCCGCGCCUGCAUCACCAGCUGGUGCCACAGCGUGUCGACAUCGAGAGCAGCAGGAUGUUCACACCAGAGGCCGUGUUGGACGGACUCCGACGGAAGGGUCACGUGACGUACGAGGCGGGUUCGGCUAUUGUGCAGGCCGUGGCGCAGGUGGGGUCCGCCAUCACUGCAGCCUGCGACUCCAUCAAGGGAGGAUUCCCCUCAGGGUUUUAAACGUCAUAUCAGGCCAACAAAUUUUAGUACGAAAGUUCGUCUGUGUUGGUAGAUUCAUCACAGAAAAUUGCGAACACUUUACAUCCAACACUGGAAUCAACACUUUAGGAACGAACUUUGUCCAACUUGAAUGAAUGAAUAAUCUCUUUGCGCGAGGAGUGAAAGAGGCAGUGUACAUCAGAGACCACCAGCCCACCCUUAACAGAGACGGGGGGGAGACAUAGACUUUCUGAUACUUAUGACCUCCUGCAAAAGUGGUGUGUUCCUGACGUCACUGCUGGAGGCAGAAGUGUCAUUCAUUCCGUGAACAAGGUCGACGGAGUUCGUCCGAAAAUUUAGACUGCAGUUAGUCCCUAUAGUAGUAAUUACAGUGUUGGAUGUAAAGUGUUAGCAAUUUUCUAUAAUUUUCUAUAAUUUUCAACAAAUUAGUUGACAGUUAACGCUAGUUCACCUUUAUCCGCGGGGUAUCAUAUAUCCGUUUGUUUAAAUACAGGGUAUUUAGGGACAUCAAUUCUAGUCGACGGACGGUGGUUAUAAAGCGUCAUAUUUUGAAGACACUGCAGUUUGAAACCACCGUCCAACGACUUGAUGUCCUAAAAUUACAUCAUGUUUUUAGAUUCAACGGAUAUAGGUUACUCUCCGGAAAAAGGCGAACUUGCAUUAUCAGUAAUGAUUUGACCAGGCUGGUAAAUGACUUGAUGGCAAAGUUAUUUAUUCACAGCCACGUGUUUUUCAAGUGUCGACAUUCGAUGACAAUUUGUCACCUUCUUCAGGGUAAUGAUGACUGGUUCACAUUGUACUGCAGGACAGGUGUCGCUACUUACAACUCUGUCCCAACCGUUAAGUAUUGUCACAUACAUAGAUAUAGCUUUUGAUACCAAGCAAAUAUAGUGAGAUGUUUUACGUUUGCUACUGCCUUGUUAGUAGCGACACCUAGUUGGACCUGUCAUUAUUGCCUUGAAGAAGAUGACAUACAGGUUAUUGAAACCUUGUGUUUUGAAAAAAUGUUUGGUUGUGAAUAAUAGAUAAAUUUUAGUUUACAUUUAGUCAUGUCGUUUAUUGUGACUGUACAGAUGAACUUUAUACUUCAAUUGGUUAAUUGCUAAGAGGUGUGAUAUCCAUUCUUCGAAGAGAUUCAUAUAAGCUCCUUUGAUCAUUUUACGGCCGACAAUGUUAACGUUAUGCGUUAAUGAAGGUUAAACAUGCCUAUGCGAUACGCAAGGUAAAGGUCAGUCAAAGCACUGUAUAAAUCUUGGAAACUAUCAAACACAUGUUUCCAGAAUUCAUACAGUUGCGUGAGUAGAGCUGUUACCUUGCGCGCUGACAAUAUUGUUCUCAGGGCUAUAUCGUUGUUUGCCUUAUAUGAAAUCAUUGUUAUAGUGUUGUGUGGCUGUAAUAAUUGAACAUGGCACUCCAAACUAAAUUGCACAUAGGAAAUAGCAUUUUUUAGAAUUGUAGUAGUUUUUCACUUUUUAUUAAGUUUUUAUGAAAAUGAAGUAAAAUACAGUGCUGUUGUUGUUUAAUUGUUGCAUAGAAUUAAUGUAAUUUGUACAAUGCGAUCAAUAUAUAUAUAUUAUUGAUUACUAGUACUAUGCAAUGAUUUUCGUAGGGUACAGGGAUAUGCAUUGGUGUUGAAUAACUUUAGGGUAGCCAUUCGCAGUUUUUAUGUUUACUAAUGAUCACAUUAUGCUAAACGAUAACAAAUCUUAAGUUUAAUGAGUUAUCAAAUGAUUACUACUGAAAAGAUGGAACCAAAUUUGUGUGUGAUAUCUCUAUAGGGUGUACAUAAAGGCAAAGUUUUCAGCUUUUUUACUUGGACUCAAUAAAAUAUAAAACUAGAAA